UAAUUAUAGUGCGUUUGGCCGUUAAUAUGUAGGUUUUCAGUCGCUGUGAGAUUCGAAAUCUCUUCAGCAUAGUAAGUAGCGCUCGCAAGACGAUGGCAGUAGAGCCAGGCGUGGAUGAAGCGGCUAAGCCGUCUCCGCCCGUUGAGCUCCCAUCUUCGAACGCGCAAAACUUUUUCGAAGAAGCAAAAGUCGGCCCGACUGAGGAGGAAGAGCUGCGCCGGAAGUUUCUCAGGUAAAAUUUUUCCCUUGCAUCAAACGUGCUAGAAUGUGUUUCCAUUCCGUUGUUUCCAAUCAAUGCCACAUCAUCGCAAAGAAUCACUCUUGAACAUCAAUCUUUUAUUGCAAACAAAAUCCUAUUCAAUUUCAAGGUUCUCCGAGAAGCCGCCUUCCUCCACAUCCCUAUCCGAGCCGGUGCUCUCGCUCGAAAAUUUCUGUCGGCUUCUGCAGCAGUAUGAGGCCUGUUCCGCGGACUGUUACGAGCGCUACUUUCACGCCAUGGACCGCGACAAGGACGAUUUUCUUACCUUCGAGGAAUUUUACCUUGGCUGCUGUGCGGCGGACCCGGGGACGGUGCACAUUUUGAACUCCUUCACGGGGUACGAGAGGAGUUUCUACAUUUUCGACUUUUACGACUUCAACCGGUCGGGCAGUCUGGAAUUCGGGGAAUUUUCCCGACUCAUAGCAGACACGACCUUUGGGCAACAACCGACGCAGGCAGUAGUAACUACUGCAGCAUCUUCAUCAUCUUCCAGCACGUCAACUUCAUCGGCGAAGAAGAGGAAGCAAGCGCUUGAGAAAGCGCGAGAGCUCGGGCUGCUAAAGGAUAAGGUGGUGGAGGAGAAAAGUAGCGAGAGCAGUGGUUUCUCGUCCGCAACACCACAUGGAAAUUUUCGCCUACAAUUCUCUUCCAUCCAAUUCAAGCAGUUCUACGAGUUCAUACACAGCGAGCAACUCCGGGGCACGUCGCGCUUGUUUCGGUUUCACCGAUCGAUCUUGAAACCGCGGAGAAGUAAGCACGACCGGGAUAUUGUACACCCUCUGGACCAGUCUUUGCUGUUAGACUUUGACUGCUGGGAGCCGUUUCUGUUGCAGCUGCCGCUCGAGAGCGACUGUCGGGAACUUUUUAGUAGAAUAAAUUCGGAGAAAAUGAAUUCAGCCCUCUCACAACGUCUUUGUGUGAUGAACAGCACGACCGAGCAGGGAGGUGAUGCAAAGAACUCCAGUUGUGUAUCAACAUCCGAGCAAAGGAAGCCGUACCCAGCGGAUGGUGUUCUCCCCUAUGUCGCGAACCAAAUUGGUGCCGUGCGGCUGGAUCCGCACGUGAAGGCGCAGGCGAUCGCGCAGCACAUCGUGUCACAGCUGUUUUCGCCGUCCGGGUGCCAGCAGAGCCAGGGGAAUUCUAGUAAUUCCACGCAGUCCUCGUCCUCGUCCUCGUCCAGCUCUUCGAUUUGGAGCCACUACACUAGCGCGAGCAGGAAGACCUUUCCCUGUUUGAACUUGAAAGCGCCCCAGAUGGAAGAGCUGACGCAGCAUAUGCUGCGGAUUUUGCAGCACGAGGACACGGUGUUGACGGUGGGUCAGCAUUUACCCGUGAAAAUCUUCGGCGGGUUGCACGGCCAGCUGGUGGACCUCCUGAGUUUCUUCCAGUCCUUCGGCUGUCCAGUGCCGGAGUUGGAGUCGGGAGACUUGAGUUACACGCAGUAUGUUUUUCUCGGCGACUAUGUGGACCGGGGAACGAAUCAAGUUGACCUGGUACUAGAGCUAUGUAUAGCACAUUUGUAAACGAGUUUUUUAGUCGCAUUGAUUUCGAAUUUUGCAGCUGAGGGUGCAUGUUCCUUGUUUCAUCAAUCUAUGUAAGUUUGUAGAGUCGAUGAAACAUAACCGGCUAAAGCCCUUAAUAUCGGAUUCUGAAACGUAACACCCGACACAGCUCGCACUUCUGUUCUCGCUGAAGAUUCUGUACCCGCAGAAUAUCAUUCUUCUUCGUGGCCUUCACGAAAACCGCCACGUGAACGCGCAUCUCGGUUUUCGCCAAGAAUGUGACCGCCGUUUCGGCGAACCCUUCGGCGGGCGUCUCUUCGACCUGCUGAACCGCGCAUUCGAGUUCAUGAGUCUUGCGGCCCUGCUUCCGAGUGGUUUUCUUUGUCUGCCGACCGGAGUUUCAUCUUCGCUGCAGUCGCUGGAGCAACUAAACGCGUUUACAAAACCUGUCGUGCUCCCCCAUCCGGAAAAAGGAAGCAGCAAGGAAAGAAUGCUCUUGCAAGAACUGUUCUAUCCAUCUGCUUCUAUGGCCUCGACAACUUCAUCUCUUCCUGCAGUGGAUGGGGCUUCAACAAGUGGUGCUACAUCAAGCACAACAGCGCUGGAUUUUGUGAAGAAAAAUCCUCGAGUUCGUGCAAUAAUCCGGAGCGGUGAAAAAUCCUUUCCAAAAUCCGGGAUAUCGUGGACUCUACCGCUAGAAAUAAGCUUGAACUCCUGCUGCGACGUCGGCGGACUAGUCGAAAGUGAGGCCGCGAUGCUACAUCUGGUAUCUGAGAAGCGGACGACGCUGCGAAUCAGGGUCCGGCGCAUCGCCACUCGGGCACCCAGAGAGGCGUGGGCGCUGUUGAGCGACUUGCUGGAGGCGGAUGGCGACAGGGGAAGCAAAGCCACAGAUAGUGACGGCGGCGCAGGGAGCGGCGACGUUAAUCGUGGCGCAGUUUCUACUGCGAUAAAUCGGCUGCAGCUAUCCGAGAAGGCGCGGCGCAGACAGGGUUCGCGUUGGCCCGAGCAGCUGUUUGAGUUGACGCCAAGGCGGAACUCCAGGACUGGAGGAGAGCAAGAGAAAAAAACGGAAGCGAGCGCAAUGUCGGAACUUCUUUUCCCAAUGGACAAGGAGAUGAAGCCAACAGUCCGUGCGGACGAGCAGGGGGCACCGUAUUUGGCGUUAGACUCGCUGACCAGCUGGGAUUUCUCUCAAAACCCUCUCUUUCUGGCAGCAACGACUACUUCCACUUCGGCUUCCUCUGCCGCUGCUCUGCAAACGCAACAAGCGCCAGCGCACUAUACCAGCACGCCCUCGAAGCAACCGCAGCCAGUGGUUGCGGAUCCCGCACAGCCGGACAACAUAGUUCAGCACGACGGGGGAUUGCAGCAAGUCUCCGAAGAUCAUGAAAAGGUCGCGGCACAGCAACACCAGCACGGUAAAGCUGCACAGAUGCACUUCCCAGCAGCACACGGAUCUACCAUAACGACGACUCCCAGCGCUCCCGCGUCCCGGCCGCCCGCCGGGGCAAACUCCUCCUCGAAGCGACCGGGUGAUAAGGUUUCCUUGCGCAGUGCACCGGUUUCCAACCAGCACACCCCGACCUUGAAUAACGCCGGCGGAGGAAGUAGUUCAUCCAACUACAACCAGUAUGAGUUGUCAGGAGACCAACUACAUCAAUCUGCACAGCCAGAACGGUCUGGUGACCCGAUGCUGCUCACGUCUGUGACGCCGAUUAACCAGACCAGAAACACACCAGCAGCGGAAGGAGUACACUUACACGACGAGGCUGUUCUAGAGGAGGCCUCCGUUUCCUCGUCGUCCGCGCGUCCAUUGCACAAUGUACCGCCGCCGAGCACGCCAGAGCGGCACGGGCGGGUGUCGGAGUCCUACAGUCAAUGUCACAACCACGGGCCGCCCCCCCGGCGGAUCUCCACCACAAAUUCGCACCUCGAGCGGAGUGCGUCCCGCGGCCGCCCCUCCCGGAAUCAUGGGCAGUUCCAGCCGCCCGCACGUGGGCGGAGUGUGAAUGUGGUCACGAAUCCGCUGCAGACACUCGCGAAGAUUACGCAGGAGGCGGCCACGGCGCGCGGCUACCGCACGUCGGAACUGCGCGAGCGUGCCCGCGUGCAGCAGGUGGUGCCGCUGUUGUGGAGGACGUGGCAGUCGGUUCCCUUGACACCCCUGCAGUGGGACAAGGCUCUGACGGUCUACGAACAGAUUCCGGAGAGGGGGCGGAUGGUCACCGAAGAAGCGAUUGCCGACUGGCUUUUCAAGGAGCAAAAGGUGAACCGGAAGCAUAAGGCGCAGAAGUGCGCUAUGGAGUUCUCAAAUGUUACAUUCUCAUCUGUUCCAUGAAUUUGUAAUGCAAGAACGGCGAAAGUGAAAGGGGGAAGAUUGCGUCUUUUGCAUUACAGAUUUGGCGCAGAUUUGGAUGCUGUUUAGCCCUUCGGAUAUUUGUCAUGUGAAGCAGCUUAAUCGCGGCGAUCUUGGCCGUAAAUUUGCAUGACAAAUCGUGUAACAGUUGAGAACGCCAUAUGCGCCCACGGGUUCACGUGUCUGAGUAGAACGUCCGCGAUCGGGCCGGUGGAUUUCUUGUGGGGCGUCAUCGCAGGCUACCAAACGGUGUCGCUGGGAGGCGAGAAAAAGCCAAAUCCCUGCACGGUCAUGCGGGCGGCGGCAGUGCUCAGGACAUUGGAAUGUGAUCCCGGCGCGCUGGACCUUGUGCGCGCAGGAUUGCAGCCCGCUGGAGCAGACGUUGAUGUGACUAUGCUUUUGCAAGCGAAGGCAGACACCACUGAACACUCUUUCCGCUUCCAGAUUUUUCAAUGAACACAGUGCACUUCUUGCAAAAAGGUUAAGUACAACGUACCGUGACUGCAGCGAGAAAGAAG